CGCGCACAACUGCAUACGACCAGGGAGGGAAGGGACCAAGAAGUCCGGCCAGGGAGGGAAGGGAAGGGAAGGGGCGAACCGAAUCCGCCAUGUCCUCCCCCUUGUUCGGGUAGUCGAUCCCCUUGCUACUGAGGUCCGCCCUCGUCUCUUCUCCAGGUGCCGCCGCCGGAGCCGGAGCCUGAUGAAGACCAAAGCCGCCAACAACAACAAGGCCACCGCCGACGAGGAUGAGGCCAAGCCCAAGAAGAUCCGGUCCUCACGCAGCAAGCACCGCCGUAGCCGCUCCCCCUCCGGUUCUGAAUCUCCACCCCGCAAACGCUCCAAGAAGCACAGUAAGAGGAUCCCUCACAAGAAGAGCAAAAGGAGCAAGGUUAGCAGCAGCAGCCACCGACGUCGUCGCCGUAGUCUUAGUCCUAGCCGUAGCCUCAGUAGCAGCAACCCUUCCUCAGUAGCCCACCGCAGCUGCUCGACGUGCAGCAGCAACAGCAGUGCCUCUGAGAGGUCGGUGAGCCUGCCGCCAAGGAGCCGGUCCAGAGAUGUUAGGAAGAAAAGGGGGAGGGGCAGGGACAGAGAGAGGGACCGAAAGAGGAGGAAGGCCCGGAGGUCAAGCAGCGACUCAAGCAGUGAACCAAGUUGUGGCAGUAGCCGGAGCAGGAGUAGGAGUGGGAGCAAGAGUAAGAGCAGAAAGCGGAGGGUUGGUGACACAAAGGAGGGCGCUGGUAGCGAUAAGAUUGAAAAAGAUUACAACAGUCGCCACACUUCCCGGUCUGAGAAGAGCAUGAUUGAUGAUGAUGAUAGGGUUGAAGAUCCUAGUGCCAAGAAGGGAGACAAUGAUAUUGACAUAUAUGAGAAGAGUGGGGUCUUGGAGAAGAUGGAGAGUCUGCCUUCCAAGAAUGCCAAUGAAACAGAAGAGAUCUUACCUGCUGGUGGUGGAAAUUCAGAUGCCGAGGAUCUUGAGCUGAUUUUGAGGCAGAAAGCUCUUGAGAACUUCAGAAAGUUCAGGGCAGCAGCGGUCAUGGCAGUCAAAACAGAUAAUGGAGCUACAGGGAAGGAAGCAUUAAUGGAUAGCCCACAGAACACCAGCACGAAAAUUGCUGAAGCAAGGUCUGCUGCUGGUACCCCUUUUCAGAGGCAGGGAAGCAGUCUUGGUGUGAGACAUUCUGCUGGAUCACCUAGAUCAGAGGAUCACGAGUAUGGAAUGACCCAUUCUUGGAAGCAGGAAAGCAGUGCUGGCAUGAGUCGUGGGGAUGGAUCACCUGGAAUACUUGAGGCUGGUGAUACUUGUGGCCCAACUCAACAGAAGGGAAGCACGGUAGAAGCAACUCAUUCGACUUCUCAGAUUAUUUCACCACAGUAUAGUAGGAAUGAUCAUAGUGUAAUGCAUAGGUUGGUGAGCAUUCCAGGGAGUUCAGCUAGUGUAAAGCAAAGGUUAGGAAGCAAUGCAGGGAUGAAUGGAACUCCCAGGGUUAGAUCAGUUGUGAGGGUACCCGCCAGGGAAGGGCUUGAUGGUAGUACAUAUUCUACUCCCCCUAGAACCUGUGAGAAUUCUGCCCCUUUUGAAAGCAGUAGCGAAGUUGGGUGCCCUCUUAUAGACAUUAACAAAGCUGAAGGAACUAAUGGAGAUGAUAGAAAGGCAAGUGAAGCUUCAGCUUCUAAUGGUUCUAUUCUGUCACCUGCCGUGGGCAAGAGCCAGGCUAGGAUUGAGGAUAAAGAUGGUUCUCAGUUUCAGAAGAAGACUUUCUCUAGAAUGCAUGACGGAGAGACAGUGGAGGUCAGCUACAAAGUCUACAUACCAAAGAAAACCCCGGCCCUUGCAAGGAGGAAAUUUCAGCGCUGAAAAUGUCAAGAUUAUCAUCUAGUUCUCAUUUAGUCUUACUGUCUACACUUAGUUUUUAGCUGGAUAUACCUAUUUUCUUCUAGCACAAGUCCAAAGUACAUGUCUUCUGGAUAUCUUUUCCCACACUGAAAUCGCCACGACUUGCAGUUUUGGUGCUCGUUAGAAGCCUUGAUACUUGUUAAAACAUGACAUAUUUGUUGUUCAACUGACUAAGCGGUUGUGCUCUGCUCUGCCAAAUCAACAUUUUGAGCAGUUAAUUUCUUGGGAUUGAUCCUUGUAAUCAGCAAAGUUGCCGUUGAAUCCUGAUAUAGUCUGUUGUCUUCUUCUAUCGUUGUUGCUGCAUAGUGUUUCCACAUCAGUGGGCUGUUGCAAGGAGCUGUUGGACAAA